AUGUCCCAAUCACUGCGACCCUAUCUCCAGGCCGUUCGGAGCAGUCUGACGUCCGCCCUGACGCUCUCCAACUUCGCUUCCCAAACUGCCGAACGUCACAAUGUCCCCGAGAUCGAGGCUCAAACAUCGCCCGAAGUCCUUCUGACGCCCCUAACGAUUGCCCGAAACGAGAACGAGCGAGUUUUGAUCGAACCGAGUAUCAAUUCCGUGCGGAUAUCUAUCAAGAUCAAGCAGGCCGACGAGAUCGAGCACAUCCUCGUCCACAAGUUCACUCGUUUCCUGACGCAGAGAGCCGAAUCGUUUUUCAUAUUGAGAAGGAAACCAAUCAAGGGAUACGACAUUUCAUUCUUGAUUACGAACUUCCACACCGAGGAGAUGCUGAAGCACAAGCUGGUCGACUUUAUUAUCCAAUUCAUGGAGGAGGUUGAUAAGGAGAUCUCGGAAAUGAAGCUCUUCUUGAAUGCGAGAGCCAGAUUCGUCGCCGAAUCUUUCCUGACUCCCUUCGAUUAA